AAUCUUGGCGCAGAUCGCUUACUUCAAUCUUGCCUCCUUCUCGUCGCUGUCUUCAAUGGCGAUGGCGUCGGGAUCGAGCCGAGGGAGCAGGAAAACAUCCACGACGCCAUCAUCCGCGCUCAACAAUUCCCGUGCGCCUGCUCCGGCGGUACACCAUACUACUAACUCCCCCGGCUCAGAUCUGCCCCCUCGGCGGAAUCACCAGGCCCACCGCGGUUGCCGCCGCCGCCACCGUCUCGGCAUCAAGGGCCGACGUUUGGCCACCCGCACUCACACCGUUUCCAAUUCGGAGAUUCACGACGCGCAUGGGUCCUCGAAGACCACAAGUAAGCUCAUCGGAGGCAGAACCGGCGGCCAGAAGGGCGUGAGUUGCGUCCAAAUGGGCGCCACAAGGCCCGCGACGGUGGCUUCGUCGAGGCGGCUGGCUGCCGCUUUGUGGCACUUGCAUCCCGAGGAGUUUGGAGGUGUCGAACGGAACAAUCGGCUGAAAUGUUCAUCUUCUUUACUCUUCUGUGCAAUGGAGAAGGCAACUAAAUGGGAUCCUGGCUCUCCAAAUUUGCCAGAGGAUAUCUACCAAUUCAAUGGUCAUCUGAAGCUUCCUGAAGGCGAACUGGUAAACGGCUUCUCAGUUAUCUCUGAACUGCAUCUGGAGCUAGAGCGGGCUCGCAGUUGCAUCAAUGAUCUUGAAUCCGAGCGGCAGUCUAUAAAGAAAAAGAUCCAUCAGUUCAUGAAAACCCUUGCAAAAGAGAAAGAAUUAUGGAGGAGAAGGGAGCAUGAGAAAGCCUGCAAUAUAAUAGAGCACAUCAAGGAUGACCUUAUAAGAGAAAGGAAGAAUAGAAAAAGGUUGGAAGUUGUGAAUGCUAAGCUUGUCGAUGAACUUGCUGAGGCAAAGUUGUCUGCAAGGAGGUGCUUGCAUGACUAUGAGAAGGAGAGGAAGGCGCGUGAGAUUGUAGAGCAAGUAUGCGAAGAACUGGCCAAGGAGAUUAGAGAGGACAAGGCUGAGGUUGAGGCUAUCAAGAUGGAAUCCUUGAGGCUUCGUGAAGAAGUGGAUGAAGAACAGAGGAUGUUGCAGAUGGCAGAAGUUUGGCGCGAAGAGAGGGUACAAAUGAAGUUGAUCGAUGCAAAGCUCAUGCUCGAUGAGAAGUAUGUGCAGCUGUGCCAGCUCCAAGAAGAAAUUGAGCAUUUUCUCAGAUCCCAAAGUGGUACCGGCAUAGAUCUGGAAGCUUUAAAAGAGGCAGAUAUGCUUCAAGGAGCAGCCAGGUCGAUCAAAGUUCAUGAUAUCAAGGAAUUCUAUUACCAACCUCCUGCUUCCGAGGACAUCAUCUCUGUCCUUGAAGAACUAAAGCCAAUGGAAGAGACUACUUGGAGAGAGAGAGAGCAGUACCAUCAAAACAGCCCAGGAAAUCAUUUCUCCGAAAAUGAUGCAGUCAGCCCUGAAUCUGAUCUAUUUCUCCUGAAUCCUGCUAGAAAUUUAAAUGGAAAAAUAAAGGAAGUUGGAGAUGUAAACGACGAUACUGAUUGCGAAACUGUAAGCCAGGUCGAAGAGCAGGCUUCUUGUAAUUCUCCAGAAAGAAGCGACCCAUCAGUGAAUGGGAACUAUCAAGAGAGUCAGUCAUCAACUAGCGGAAAGGACUGGGAUCGACGAGGAGAUGAUGGAAACUUGAAUAGUGAAGCCAGUGAAAUUUGCUCUACUGCCAUGAAACAGAGGAAUAAAAAGGUAUCGUCUAUAGGUCGGUUUUGGAGGUCAUCGAGACCAAAAACCAGCCAUAAGAAUGUUUCUGCUGAAUUUUCUAACGGAAGGUUGUCAGAUGUCACCCUUUAUUCUUCUAGUUUCAAGUCUGCUGGAAUGGCCGUAAGCUCCCGUAGGUAAUGGCAGUAUUUACAUGUACCAUUAAAACCCACACAUUACUUUGAAGAAUGCAAGGAAUGUGUCGAAUUGCCUGAGGAAUCCAUGCAGAAGCACUCAAUUGAACUGAUAAUGUUGAUCUUAAUGAAACCCCCCAUCCAUUGCUAAUGCAUAUAACGUCAUUCCUGGAUUUCUGUUCAGAAACAUGGUAAUGACUAGUUUUGCUGACUGCUCUCUUAGAUCAAUCAGAUCUUACAUUUCUGAAGAAUGAGAAGCACUCAUGCUACUGUAUAAUUCUUUGUUCAAAGACAUGAUGAGCAUUGUGUGGACUUUAUGCCUACAAGGUAAAUCCCUCACGCUGUCUGUAACUUAUCUGAAUCAUUUUAUGUGAAUGUUGUUGUUGUUAUUAUUUUUUGGAUGUACCUAUUCCAUGCUGCAUUAAUAGUAUGUUAUUAUUAUUAGACUCA